AUUUAAUUUAGGUUGGUUCCCCCGAAUUCUGACAUGGUAUAAAAGUGGAAACACGUGACGUAUUCUCCCAUUUUGUUCACACUUUUUGCGAUGUCCCAUAGGAAGUUUAGCGCCCCCCGUCAUGGAUCGAUGGGGUUCUACCCCAAAAAGAGGUCCCGCAGACAUCGUGGUAAAGUUAAGGCCUUCCCGAAGGAUGAUCCAACCAAGCCGGUACAUCUCACCGCUUUUAUUGGGUAUAAAGCUGGUAUGACCCAUGUUUUGCGCGAAGCCGAUCGCCCUGGAUCAAAAAUUAAUAAGAAAGAAAUUGUUGAAGCCGUAACAAUCUUAGAAACACCUCCAAUGGUUAUCGUUGGUUGUGUUGGGUACAUUGAAACACCCCAUGGUUUAAGAGCAUUAGCUACUGUUUGGGCUGAGCAUCUUUCUGAAGAUUGUAGAAGACGUUUCUAUAAGAAUUGGUACAAGAGUAAGAAGAAGGCGUUUACGAAGGCCUCGAAAAAGUGGCAAGAUGAGCUUGGGAAGAAGAGUAUCGAAAAAGAUUUUAAGAAAAUUGUUAAAUAUUGCAAAGUUGUUCGAGUUAUCGCUCACACUCAGAUGAAAUUGUUGAAACAACGCCAAAAGAAAGCCCACAUCAUGGAAAUUCAACUCAAUGGAGGCACCAUCGAAGAUAAAGUUAAAUGGGCUCGCGAGCAUUUAGAAAAACCCAUCCCCAUAACCAACGUUUUUGCUCAAGAUGAGAUGAUAGAUUGUAUCGGAGUUACAAAAGGAAAAGGAUAUAAAGGUGUCACAUCCCGUUGGCACACAAAGAAACUUCCCAGGAAAACGCAUAAAGGUCUCCGAAAGGUUGCUUGUAUUGGGGCUUGGCAUCCAUCGAGAGUAUCUUUCACAGUUGCUCGCGCCGGUCAAAAGGGUUAUCAUCACCGUACCGAAAUGAAUAAGAAAAUUUAUAGAAUCGGAGCAGGGAUACAUACAAAAGACGGAAAAGUUAUUAAAAAUAACGCUUCAACCCAAUACGAUUUAACUGAAAAAACGAUUACUCCGAUGGGUGGUUUCCCUCAUUAUGGUGAGGUCAACAACGAUUUCAUUAUGAUUAAGGGUUGUUGUAUGGGGCCUAAAAAGCGGGUGAUCACGUUGAGGAAGUCUCUUUUGGUUCAUACGAAACGCGUUGCCCUCGAAAAGAUUAACCUCAAGUUUAUCGAUACUUCAUCCAAAUUUGGGCACGGUCGCUUCCAGACGCCAAAGGACAAGAGCGAUUUUAUGGGUACUUUAAAGAAGGAUCGUAUCAAGGAGGACGAAAAAGCCACUGCUGCAGCAACCACUUCUUAGUUUUACUCUUUUUGACGUUUGUGUUUUUAAGGGUUAUGUAAUGACUAAGAUGGUUUAAUAAAUAAAAAAAAUUUAAUUUGA